UAAAGUUCGAAAUUUUGUUCUCUCUACAAAGUGAAACCCUAAACGGCCGGUAACCUUCUUCUUCCCAUCUGCCUCUAGGAUGAACAGCCUCAGAGCGCUCUGCUUCCCCGACGCAGUCGUUUCUUCCUUCAUCUCUUGCUGCCGCGUCCACAUUCGACUUGGUUUUUCAGCAGCCACAUGGAACCCCAGGCUCCGAACCCCUUCUUCCGUCAAUUCUUCAUUCUCCUCCGGCUUUUCGGUUGAUGAUCUACCGAGAAUUUCACAUGCUUCUCGCUCCAGUACCAAGAGGACUCUAACUAGGGUAUCUAAUUGGAAUUCCGAGAAAUCCCCCUACGAAACUCUCGAGUUGGAGAGAGAUGCUAAUGAGGAUAAAAUCAAGAUUGCGUAUAGGAGGCUGGCGAAGCUCUAUCACCCUGAUGUUUAUGAUGGCCGGGAGACACUGGAGAAAGGGGAAACAGCUGAAGCUCGAUUCAUUAAAAUUCAAGCAGCAUAUGAACUUCUUAUGGAUGAGGAAAAGCGUGGACAAUAUGAUAGAGAUCUUCGUCUCAACCCUAUGAAGGCUUCUCAAGCUUGGACGGAAUGGUUGAUGAAAAAAAGAAGAGCUUUUGAGCAGAGAGGUGAUAUGGCCAUUGCAGCUUGGGCUGAGCAACAACAGCGUGAGUUGAAUGUUCGAGUGCGUCGUCUCUCUCGCUCAAAGAUUGAUCCGGAGGAAGAGAGACGGAUAUUAGCGAAGGAGAAGGCGGCGUCAAAGGAAUACAUCAACAACACAUUGAGGAGACAUACGCUUGUUUUGAAGAAGAGGGAUUUGAUGCGCAGAAAGUCGGAGCAGGAGAAGAAAAAUGCCAUUAAUCAGUUAUUAGCAGCAGAAGGGCUUGAGCUUGACGCCAAUGAUGAUAAUGAUAAUGAUAAUGUUGACGAGUCUGUUUAACAUCAAUUAAUAUACAUCUUUUAAAUGCUUCUCUCCUCAGAAAAUGCAAAUGACAAAAAAUGUAUAUAUUGUUUUAUAUUGCAAAUUAUAGAAAAAUGAACGAGUUAAAAGUAAAUAGAAAUUUAAUU